AUUUCGCUAGCAAUAAGAAAUUUAUAUUUAGAAAAAUUUAAGAAUGCCGAUUGAAUCGAUCGAGGAUCCUGCCAUUAAAAUCAAACCCAACGAGAAAUUGAUAGAAUUCGUCUGCAAAAAUGUGAAGAAAACUAAUAACGCCCCGCCUGCUAUAAUGGCAUUAAAGAAAUUCUCGAAGGAUAAGCAAAAAGAAAUGCUAUUGAAACUAGACGAUAUUAAAUGGUUAAACAAGUACUUAGAAGAAUACAGAGCUACCAGUACGCAAAAUAUUUAUUUACACGAGCUGUUAAAGGAAGACGAUAUCAAUCUACCGACUCCGAAAAUUACUCCGAGAAAUCCGGAAUUGGAAGCCAGGACUCAAAAAUUGAAAGCGCAACAAGACGCCCUCAGAUACAGAGCUAUGACCAAAAAUGUAGAUACUAACGUAAUGAGGCUACCGGAAGAUAGUAUUUCUUAUCAAAUGAAACAGAUAAAUAGGCAGCUGAUAGCUGUCGCCCAGUUCGUAUUUUCCGUGCUGGCCGGAUUCGCUUUCGGGUUUGUGGGCGUCGAAUUAAUAGUGGGACACUUGGACUUUGGAUUUAGAUUAUUAUUAGGCAUCAUUUGCGCGCUGAUUAUAGCUUUAGCUGAAAUUUAUUUCUUAGCAAUUAAAUUAAACGAAGACGUAUACGAUACAAUUACAACCCCGUCUGCACCAACGUCGAAGAAAUUGCAUCAAGAGUGAAAUCAUUAUGAUAACGUGAUAAAGUGUAACACAGUAAAAUCGAAUAAUUUGUAAUAUAAAUAUAAACUGUCGAAUUUAUUUCAA